UAACGAACGUACAACCAGCAUCGUACGUUCAUAUAUUUUGUGAAUGAGUUGUAAACUAAAAUGAAAAGUUUGAAGAGUUGACGCAGACCUUUGUAUCCAUAAGUAUUGACUGGAAGAGUGUAACAAAAUGGGCAACAGUACUUUAUUUAUAUGUUCAAUAUUGUUAUUUAUUGUCACACAGGAAGUACAAAGUUUGAAUAAACGUUGCAUAGGAUGCAGAUCUCGUGGAGAACUGGGGACUUGUGGUGAUCCAUUUCCAUUGAAUGUAACGGAGACUAUUGUUGAAUCUGGUCUUCAUGUUGUGGCCUGUCCGUCAGGCUGGUGUGGCAAGCUGAUUGAAGGAACUGUAGGCACUUUUCGGUCCGAUGAUUACGGUGCUGCAACAGAGAGAAUGUGUCUUCAGAGAGCGCCUAGCGAUUACGAAGAAAGAUGCGCAUAUACUAUGUGGAACCGUAAAAAAGUAUACAUGUGUUUCUGCAAUGGAGACCUGUGUAAUUCAGCUUUUUCAAUCUCUUCAUUUCCACUCAUAACUUUAGUAUCCAUUUUAAUACCUUUAUACAACUAUUAUUUUUGAAAUUUGUAAAUAAAUUCUCAGAGAAUCUGAAAAUAUUGUGAUAUGUAAUUUAAGUUAAGACAACUUCAUUUCUCUUUUCUACAAAUCUUAGGACACAUUUUUACUCAACUGUGUCAGAAAAAGAGUAUAAUAUCUAUUCAUUGCUGCAAGCAUAGUAUACUUACAGGGUAGGAAUUUUAUAUAUCUUUACAAUUUAUAUCACAAUGUUAAAUGGAAUACUAUAAUUUUUGAUACUUUGAUUUCUAUGUCGAUUAUAAUGACGUAAAUCUUUCUAUUUUUGAUACAUUAAAAUCUCAUUAUCAAGACUUGAUAGUUUAAGGAAAGUGUUUCCAACCACAAAGGUUUCAUUCAAUUAAUGCUCAAGAAACAUGUUAAUUAGUGUUUUUAUUGCUUUUGCCAUUACAAAUCAUUACUUUUCUAAUUGGUUUGAUAAGCGAUGUUUAUGUAAAUGGUGUUACCAUAACUUGCAACAAUAUCUCUAAAGAUGUUUAAAUUUCUUCAUACAUAGACCGCUUCUAAAAGAAGUAAGCAAUUAUUAUAGCACUUUCUGAUUGCUUUGGAUUUAAAAAAAAUUGGUAGUACCUGCUAUGAAGUCUUAGUUAAGAAAAAAAGUUUUUUUUUUUACAUUCCUGUGUGUUCCUCCAAACAAAAUAAAGAAUACUCCUUUUAAUCUAAAUAGUUUAUACUUUUAUACCUUUAAGAAGUAAUCUCUAUUUGUAAUACAUAUGUAUUGCAUACUGUACUUAAUUUAAGUUAUCAAUUUAUGUGUUCAUAACUUAUCACUGCCUUGUCUGUAUUUGUCAUUAUGUAGCCGUCUAAAAUAAAUACUUAAUCAUUCGCAGCUAGCUAGAUAAGACAUAUUUUUAGUUUAUUAUACGUAUAUCACGAUGGUAAUAAUAAUGAUCUGUUCAAGUGAAAUAUGAUGGAUAAUGUAAUAUUUCAUUAAAUACCGAUUGUAAUUAUUAUCUUCUAAUCAUG